UAUCCUGUCACUGACAUUCGUGUGUCAAUCGAGAGAGAAAACUAGAGUCUGGAAUCUCAGAAUUUGUAACCAAGACAUUCCGAGAGAAAUACAACAUGGAUUAUAGACUCAGUGAUUGACGCCUGGUGUCAGUCGUAUGUCGCCUUUUGGAACCAGAAUAGAAAUAUUGUAAUAAGUUCCAGGAGUGGAAAUAUUGAGAUAAAAAACAAGGACUCUAAGUAUUGUGUCGAGGGGUGAGAAUAGAAAUAUUGUGACAAAUUAACAAGAAGCGAAAUAUUGUGACGCGUUCUUAAAAACAAUGGAAAAUAUGUGAUAAUUACUUAGAAUGGAAAUAUUGUGACUAACAUCAAAAGACGGAAAUAUUGUGACAAACACCAAAAGACGGAAAUAUUGCGACAAAUAUAAAAAAUGGAAAUACUGUGAUAUACAGAAAAUGGAAAUACUGUGACAAGAGAGAUAACGCAAUGACACCCCCGCGAUGCCAGGCGAUGACAGCCGGCAUACGGUUCCAGUUCCGCACGUGUAGACAGCCUGCCCGUGCGUGGCUGACACUGCUCACCACUCUGUUCAUCAUGAUUGGAGCUAAAGGCAACGAGAGCGACGACAACGUUGUGGACAUCUCCUACGACGAGCAGGUCAACACAAUCAUCAGUAUACAGAACGCCUGUCUGCAGUUCAUCGACUCACGGUCUAAUGUCAACAACACAGAAAACAACUGCCAACCAGUUUGGGAUGGACUACUCUGCUGGCCGGAGACGCCACCGGGUACCACGGCAACCCAGCAGUGCCCGGAUUAUGUCUUGGGGUUCACCACUUCCGAAAACGCGACGCGUCGCUGUAUGUCUGACGGUACAUGGUACGUGGACCGGGAUCGAAACACAACCUGGACUGACCUCAGCUUGUGUAGAGGCAUCAGGCACAACGAUAUGACAAUCAGUGUUGUCGAGUCGCAUCUGGGUACCCUAGGCCUGAUGUACAAUGUUGGGUACGGAAUUUCGCUGACUUCGUUGGUUCUCUCUGUGAUCAUUAUGAUUGGCUUCAAAAAGCUCCACUGCCCGCGCAACACAAUUCACCUGAAUCUCUUCUUCUCCUUCAUACUGCGCGCGUCCAUUUCAUUCAUGAAGGAAAACUUACUGGUCAAAGGUUUGGGGUUUCCCGGUGACGUCACACGGGAUAAAAACAACUUCCUGAUCUUCAAAAACGAAAGUACUCAUUGGGAGUGCAAGUUAUUUUUUGCGUGUUUUAACUACAUCCUUGGUGCCAACUACAUGUGGAUCUUCGCUGAGGGUCUGUACUUGCACAUGAUACUGUCGGUGACGGUCUUCUCUGAGAGGGGCAGUCUCAAGUGGUACAUUCUGCUGGGAUGGGCAUCGCCCUUGACCUUCAUGAUACCCUGGAUUCUUGUCCGACUCUUCAAAGAGGACGUUCUGUGCUGGAACACUCACCCCACCCCGGGCUAUUUUUGGAUCAUGAGGGGACCGAUCGUUCUAUCCAUUGUGGUGAACUUCAUAUUUUUCCUGAGCAUCAUCCGGGUCCUCUUCACCAAGCUGAACGCCGUGAACACGCAAGAGGCGAAGAAGUUCAG